AUGACCAUAACCGUGACUCGUGAGUCCGUGAGGCAUGACUCUUUGAGAUCGACGAUGGGUGAGCAAAUUGGAGCCCGGAGCUUGGAGGUUAGAGACUCGGAGGACCGGCCGGACCGCCAAUGUAGGAGUGGAGUGGAGACGGGACUGCGAGAGUGCGGGACAACGGGAGAACCGGAGAAGGAAAUGAAGCGAGGCCGAGUCAACUAG